AUGACUCGUCGCCCAGUACAGAAAGUCGCCGUCAUCGGCGCGGGAAUCAGUGGUGUUGUGUCUGCUGCGCAUCUGCUCGCUGCCGGGAUCGAAGUUACGGUUUUCGAAAGGAACGACGCCGCAGGAGGAGUCUGGCUACACGACGAGCGCAAACCUCUUGACCCCGUUUACCCAUCCACAAAGCCCUCUCAAGCCGAGCGACACGAUGACCCAUUGCCAGAGGGAAACGAUAAGCGAAGGCUGGAGCAUGCGCCGCCAGGUCCGUGCUACGAUGGACUCAGGAAUAAUGUCUCGACCCCCUUGAUGCGCACGAAGCUCUGUGCGUGGCCCGACGGCACCCCUGACUUUGUAAGUCAUGUGGUCAUGAAGCAAUACAUUCAAGAUACGUCUGCAAAUGCCGGGGUGGAAAAAGCAACGGUCUAUGGUGCGAGGGUGACAAGUCUGCGGAAAAAGGACGAUCGGUGGGACCUUACCUGGUCGACUUUGAUUGAAGGAUUACACAGUGGACUCGUGGAAGAGAAGGAUCAUAUCUCUACGUUUGACGCCGUUGUUGUUGCUUCCGGUCACUACCAUGCCCCUCGAAUUCCUGAUAUUCCUGGCUUAUCAGACGCGAAAGCAAGAUGGCCGGCUCGUAUCUUCCACUCGAAGGGGUAUAGGAAGCCUGAUGGCUUCGAAAACAGAAACAUUCUGCUCAUCGGCGGAGGGGUCUCCGCUACGGACAUUGCACGCGAGAUAGGAUCAACUGCCAAAACCGUAUAUCAAAGUACCCGAAACGGCGAAUUCGAUCUCCCUUCGUCUAUGCUCCCCGAGAACAGUUUGAGAAUCAGCGAGAUCGAUCGAAUUGAAGUACAAAGUGGGAUUCAGAUACUGGACAAUGCGCCUCUGCCUUUGGUCGUCCACCUGAAAUCAGGACAGAGGCUCUGCGGGAUUGAUGGCAUCAUAAUCUGCACGGGAUAUCACAUCACUCUACCCUUUCUCAGGGAGUAUCACGAUGACGAGACCUCCGCCGCCGACGCAAACAACACAGUUCUCGUGACAGACGGCACCCAAGUGCACAAUCUGCACAAGGAUAUCUUCUACAUCCCAGACCCAACGCUCGUGUUUGUAGGAGUUUCAUACUACACGGCAACGUUUACGCUAUUCGAGUUUCAAGCCAUUGUGGUCGCCGCCGUGUUCUCCGGAGCUGCGCAGCUGCCGUCCAAGGAAAAGAUGAGAGCAGAGUAUACCGGCCGAAUCAAAGCCAAGGGUAGCGGGCGAGCAUUUCACUCGCUAAAAGAUGUUGAGGAGCACUAUGUGGAUGAUAUUCUGAACUGGGUCAACAGGGGUAGAGCGGCGCAUGGACUUCCUGCGAUUGAAGGGCAUACCAAGACAUGGCACGCGGCCAAGGAAGCUCAAAGGGAGCGGCUAAAACAACUCUUUGCCACCGGGAACAGGAGAGACAGUGGCGUGGGCGAGAUCCCUGUGCUGGAUGUGUGUAGCUGA